GUUCAACUGAUAACUACACCUUCCCCAUGUCAACUGCCUCUGUCCUUGCUUGCUGGACAUGAGCCUUGACACCUCCUCAGCUAUAUAUCAGUGUGUGCAUUGAGGGAUGAUAGAGCUCGGCUUAAGUCGGAUAUCCCGCCUCCUCCAGCAGACUCCGCUGUCAUGGAAGGCCAUUCAUAUUGCUGGAACUAACGGCAAAGGUUCCAUCAGUGCCUACCUAUCUCACCUGUUGUCUGCCGGCGGAGUGCGCUGUGGUCGCUUCACCUCCCCCCAUCUAAUCGACCGAUGGGAUUGCAUCACAAUCGGCGAGGAUGUUGUUCAAGAAUCACUUUUUCGACAAAUCGAAGCUAGAGUCAAGCUUCGAGACCAAACCCUCGGCAUCGGUGCAAGCGAUUUUGAGCUCUUGACUGCAACGGCCUUCGAGAUCUUCAACCAUGAACGAGUCGAUAUCGGCGUAGUUGAAGUUGGCAUGGGCGGCCGGUUAGACGCAACGAAUAUCUUGAGCGAUGUCUUAGUGUCUGUUAUUGCGAAAAUCGGACUUGACCAUCAGUCCCUACUCGGAGAUACCAUCGAGCAGAUUACACGCGAGAAAGCGGGCAUAUUGAAGGUUGGAGUGCCAUGUGUGGUGGACGGCACGAACUCGAUUGAAGUAACUAGAACACUGGAAAAACGCAUCAGGGAGCUGGGGAUUGAAUCGAACUUUGUCCGCCCAGAAACCCAGCCACCAUUACUUGGCCGCCUAUUCGCGACGCUCGACUUGCAGCCUCAUCAACAAGCCAACAUGUCUUGCGCAGUGUCUGCACUUAAGCUGGCACUGGAUCGAUUCCGUCCGGAAAUUAACGUCGAUAUGCUUCUUCCACAAUUGUCGAGCGUGGUGUGGCCAGGCCGCUUACAGAAGAUCACACUGGGCCCUUUGGUGAGCCGGGAAGAGCCCGUCUUACUUGACGGCGCGCACAACGCUCAAUCGGCGGAAGUGCUUGGGCAGUAUGUGGAUCGGAAGCUACGUACAGAGCAUGACAGUGUUACUUGGGUUAUCGCAGCUUCAAAGGGAAAAGAUCUAUCCUCUCUAUUUCAAAACAUCAUUCGGACUGGUGACAAAGUCGCAGUGACAGCAUUUGGUCCUGUCGACGGGAUGCCCUGGGUGAAACCGGCUGAUACUGAGGAAGUGGCUUCAUGUGCGCAGUCUAUCUCAGAGACCGGCCUAGUGCAGACAUUUGGCUGCGAUGUCUCUGCUGCAAUCGAGUGGGCCUGUCACGAAGCUAACGGCGGCCCAUUGGUCAUUGCUGGCAGUCUCUACCUUGCGUCUGAUGUUUUGCGUCUUCUUCGAGAAGCACAAAAGUCGUCGUGACACAUCACGAGUCGCGGCAAAUUUGUGUUUAUAGGAUACCCACUCUAGCAUCUUACUAGCUUAUCUCGACCCUUUCGUGCAAAUCCUCUUGAGCAUACCCAAUUAUUAAUGAAGGCACGUGUGUAGUCAGCC